AUUUUAGCGGUGCAACGAUUCGACGGGGAGAAGCCCGAUAAAGGGGAACGCAGCUCGCAACGUGGGACGAAGAGGACGUAUUUUUAUAAAGAUUCAACCCAAAAAGUGACCGCCGUCGUGGGGCAGACUGUCGUGCUGUUGUGCCGUGUUAAGAACCUGGGGAACAGAACCGUGUCUUGGAUUCGAAAGAGGGAUUUACACAUCCUAACGUCCAUGUCGGUGACUUACACCAGCGACGCAAGAUUUACGAUAGUCGGCAAUCCGGAGCACGACGAUUGGAAUCUGCGAAUAGAUUACGUGCAACCGCGGGACGCCGGCAUUUACGAGUGUCAAGUUAAUACAGAACCGAAGAUAUACAGGGCGAUCACCUUGAAAGUUUUGGAUGUGCAGGCAAAGAUCACGGGCCCCGAGGAGCUCUACGUAAAGAGGGGCAGCACGAUCAGCCUGACCUGUAUCGUGGACGUGCAGGAUAUACCUCCGAGUAACGUGACUUGGUACCACGCCGGGGCGAUGAUCGAUUUCGACGGUCCAAGGGGUGGCGUCUCGCUGGAAACGGAGAAAGGUAAGAACGGGACCACCAGCAAGCUGCUGAUCACGCGCGCCCAGCUCGACGACAGCGGCAAUUACACGUGCGUCUCGAGCAAAGUCGCGCCGGCGAACGUGAUGGUUCACGUGUUGAACGGUGAGCAUCCUGCGGCGAUGCAGCACGGCGGCACCGGGAACAUCAACAGGAGAGUGAUUUUAUUCAGCCUGGUCGUGCUGGUGGACACGAUAUUUCGGUGAGCGAGCUUCUUCUUCGUCUUUCGUGGCUCGCUUUUAUCUGUCAAGGCGUCACACGUCCGCUUCGCGUCGGAUGACAUAAAUACAUCGAGAGAGAAAGAAAGAGAGAGAGAGAGAGAGAGAGAGGAGGCCUCGGCUUUGUGAUUUACGAGCUUCGACGUUUAUCGCGCGAACUGAAUUUUCUAUGAAUCCCGGAAAAUCCUCUAUCGAAAAACCACCGGGGGGGGGGGGGGGGCGCGCGCGCGCGCCGAAAUAUUACAUUAUCGAGGGGGAGAUGAUUCGUUACGUUGGCGCCGCGUCGUGCCGCGAAUUUCGUAACUCGUCCGAACACCUCUCGGAACUUCGACUGUACUAUUCCUGUAGAAUAAUAAAUACCUUGCGAUUCGUAUGAUUACGAGAUUAAAGAAAAAAAAAAAAAAAAAAAGAAAAAAAAAAUGGAGAGAGAGAAAAAAGGAUUAACCAUUUUGUUAAUAGACACAAUAUAUCUGUUAAUCAACAUUGA